GUGCGAAUAUAGGGGCAGACAUCGUAAUCGACGGAGGUUACUGUGUCCGGUAAGGGGUUAUGGUGUAGGAUGCGAUGGUUUAAUCAUGUCUAGCUUAGAUUAGCUCUACCAGAAUAAAUGAAGUCAAAGCACGUACCGUUGAAUCCCAACUUCGAUUCUCAUCCAGCCCAUCAUCAUCAUCAUCACCACCUUCCCAACUCAACCUAUCCUCAUCCUCACGCUCAACAAAACCAUCCACAAACCCAUUCCUCAUCAUCCCGUCCCCCACCCCCGGUCCUCCCCACGGCCCGCUUCCCACCGCGGGCCCGGUCCUGCCACCGGCCCACCAUCUCGGGCUUGUAUGAUGGAUAGGUUAGCCGUUCGUUCAGAUCCAUAGAUUGGAUUCCUUGGUUUUUUUGCUGUGUGGGUUUGUUAUAUAGAGGUUCGUUUCCUUUUCGUUUCCUCUUAUUCUUUCCAUUCC